CUACUGACCUUACGUAACAGCUGCAGUGUCGCUUGUCGGAGAUGCAUCUCGGCUAUCGGUGAUGGUGCAGUGGAGCGAGACCCGCGUCGGUACCCGUCACCGCCUAUUCCUUAGCUUCAGGGCAGCACCAAACAGUCAGCGACAACCGCUGCUGGCAAUCCAAGUGGGUCUUAGAGCACGCCUUAGCGGAUCUCCGACCCCUAGGAGCCGCUGUCGACGGGUGGAACCUCCGGGGGGAGAGAGAAAGGGAGUCACCACCGCGCCCCACGAGACACACACACUGAAUACCUUUCUUCCUUUGGCACACGAACCAACGGACUGCUCACCUCCUAGCGAUAACGCCAUUCUCGCCCCAAAGCACCCAACCCGACUCUUUGGUUCGACAUCCACAUCCAAAUCUCGUGCCGUUGUGCUAUGCUACCUAGGUAGUCAACCUACCUAUCUACCUAUGCUAUGCUAUGCUAUGCUUGCUCAAUUUGGGCAGCGAUUGCUUAUACUCCUUGGUUCCUGAAAGAAUCGCUCGCAGCCCGACUGACCCCCGUCGCUCAGCUUUGUACUUGUCUCUUCCUCCCAGGUCCUUGUCUUUCCUCCUCCCCAUUACUCGCAACCGCAAUCGAAACGG